AUGAAACCUACUUCAUGUAUUGAUUAUUUUGUUUCAAAUCCCAUUCAGACUACGAGUGAUGAGAAAGAUUCUGUGAGGAAUAUAGUCACAGAAAUAAAGGAUGGACAACAAUCUGGGACAGUGUCUCCUCAGAAACAAUCGGCCUGGAAGGUUACAUUUAAAAAGGAAGUUUCUUUUUUGAAUAUUGCCACAAGAAUAAUGGGUGGUAGGAAAUCUAGAACAGAGUAUCCUGAGAAUCUGCCCACCUUGAAGGCCACAAUUGAAAAUAAAGAUUCUGUUCUGAAUACAGCCCCCAAAAUGAAGGAUGUACAAACAUCCACACCAGCAGAACAAGACUUAGAAAUGGCAUCAGAGGGAGAGCAAAAGAGGCUUGAAGAAUAUGAAAAUAACCAGCCACAGGUGAAAAACCAAAUACAUUCUAGGGAUGACCUUGAUGGCAUAAUUCAGUCAUGUCAAAUAGCCUCAGAGGAUGAUGAUUUGCUUUGCUCUAAUUGUAAGAAAGUCAUAUUACUCAUUGAUCAACAUGAAAUGAAGUGUAAAGGUAGGACCAAUGCAUAAAUAUAAGGCGUUUUAAAAAUCCUAUAGCAAUGUAUGCACACAUUGCUUAGCACUGUACCAUAGAGUACUGAUAUGUUACAAGAAUGUUCAUCUCAGAAAUAUGCCUUAUGUUAAAAUAGAAUGAAAACAACUGUAUCUUAUACCUUCUCAGCCAAAGAGCUAUGAUCAUUUCACUGUACUUUUCUCAGUGUGAAUGGCACACCCAAUGUGUUUGUUUACUCUGCUUCUCUUCUAUGCCAUUACCCAUUUACCCAUGGUCAGGUUACCAUUUCCUCCCACCUGAAAUACUGUGAUAACCUUCUAACUGUCUUUCCUACUAUUCCACCUUCCAAAACCACGGCUUGUUCUGCAAUCAUAACUAUAUAGUUGUAAAAAAUCACACCUGAUCAUGUUACGUGCUUGCUGAAAACCCAGCUGCCAUUUAUUGCUAUAAGGUAUGGAUCUC